ACUUUUGGGGAAGAAACAAGGGCUGAAGAGGCGACGCUGAAAGCGUUUUCUUGCGCGCGCUCCGCGGGUACUCGCAACUUGUGUCUUGACUCUCCUGCUAGACGACUCCGAGCAUGUUGCGUCUUUUCCAUUUGGGCAAGGCAGCGGUACGGAAACUCGAGCGCUAAGGACUCCUGAAAUUCCGCAAUCAUUUGCGUUUGAAAGAAUCCAACGCGACAUUCUCGCAGCGAAAGUACCCGACUUGUCGUCGUCGUUUCACUCAGCCCCGAAUUCGCUUUCUGGAUUUGAAUCGCCCGGAAUGGAUACAGCCUCGCUUUCGUGUUGUUUUUUUUCUUGUCCCUGACUUUCCUUCAGACCUCUGUUCGGUGUUUCGCUUCGGGGCGACCAGGCAUCUCCGGCAUCGCCUUUCUUCGGAGUUCUCUGGGUCACGAGCAAAAACCAUGGCUGAACGCGAAGCCGAGGAUCGUCUGUCUUCUCGGCGUUCGCCGCCCUUUAGGGUCUUUUCGUUUUCGCUUCUUCUCUUGCUCUUCUCGAAGACAACAUGGGAGGAAGCGGCUGCAGUCGUUUUGUCAGGAAAUGGGGGGAGAGCGCGAGACCUCGACUCCGACGCGCUCGGCGGCAGCAUGCGUCCGGAGAAAGUCCAUCGCUUUCGACGCAGCUACGAAACGGGCGGCGAUCUCGUCUCUGCCUUGGAACUUUCUUUUCUAGAUCGAGCUGCCAGGAGCGAACAGGGAGAAGAACGCGCCUCUGCUCCUGCUUCGCCAGUGUCUACACUUCGGACGCCACUUUCCGGUCCUGUCGCCGCUCUUCCCUUUUCGCACAGACAGACACAAUCUCUUGGUCACUCGAACUCUUUAACCUCCGCAUCUCACCCCCAUGCUCACCCAGCAGUUUCUUCGUAUCCCGACAGUUCCUUUCCUUCGUCUCCUCCUACAUUUCUUUCUCCCUCGUCUUCUUCCCCCCCCUCCUCUUUCUCUUCUUCCUCAACUACAGGUGCAUCCGUUUCUCCACUUUCUUCGUCUUCCUUCGUCGAGGGGAGCUAUGCGGAAGAGAAUGACGCAGCGCUGUUGUCCUCGCUGAUGGAACAGGCGCCAGUGAGACCUCCAGAACCCCGCGAUAGUGGCGGCGGCCGCCGCGUCCUCGAGGAGUUGAUGCUGAGUGAAGUCUCUUGCAGACAACUCACGCAAGCGAUGAUCGUCGUGGACGGCGGCAGCAGCAAGACGCUUCCUUCCCUGUUCACUGCGGUAACCGAGUCUUGUCCGCAGGAAGGACGACGCGUGUUGGAGGGGACAUUGAAGUUCGUGGGCGAAGGCACAAAAGUCGCUGGCGUCCGAGAUUUGCUCGAGGACUGGCUGGACGCCCACGCAGGGAAGGACUGGGAGUCGCGGGAGCUCGACGCCCAGACGCUCAUGCGUUCCUUUCCGUCGAUGCAGGAGCAGGCAAACAAGCUCGUGGCUCGCCUGAUUCAGGACGUCGUCGCUCUCCUCAACUCGCGGCUGUCGGAAACCGAGAAGGAGGAAGUCAAGGCGCUGGGCGUCCCCGUCUUCUUCCAUACGACGGCGGGGGUGCGGGGGUUUCCUGACUGGUACCGAGACGGGAUGUUUGUGGCUCUUCGUCGAGCCAUCAACGCGUCUCCGCCUGUCGAGGGCUACCUCUUCUUCACCAACAAGGACUGGACGCGGGCGAUUUCCGGAGAGGUUGAGGGGAUAUAUGCGUUUCUGACGGCGAAUCUCCUCACGCGCAAUUUCGAGAGACUCCUGGAAGACGCGCCCGGGGUCAGCAAAGAGUCCGAACUGCAUGCGCACCGCAAACUCGCGGGGAUCGUCGAAGUCGGCGGCGCGUCCAUGCAAAUCGUCUUCCCCGUCAGGCCGUUUGUGCCCUUCCCUCCGUUCGCGAAAGUCAGCAAUCUCCAAAAAGAAGGCUACCUGCCCCACUCCUACCCUCCGGUGGACCUCGUGGCGGUCUCCUUCAUGCAGCUCGGGGCGUCCAGCGCGAGCGGCGUCUUCCUCAAGAUGCUUUGCGGCAAAGAAGAGUACCUCCGCGACGGAAUCUGUCGGAAUCCAUGUCUGUUCCGAGGCUUUGAACAGGCGUGCUCGGCGGGGGAGGUGACCAUUGGGCCGACCGGCGAGAUCCACGUGAGCUCGAACUUGCGCAAGAAUCGCCUGAAGCCUGCGGCAACGUUCUGCGGGGGCGGGAACGCGGAAAUCAUGUACAAGUUGUCCAACCGGAUCGAGUGCAUGGCCACUCGAAUCAAUCCGCUGUUGCCCCUCGAGCAACGCAUGCAGAUUCCGAACUGCGAGAAGAUCGUGGGGACGGGCGACUUCGCGGCCUGCGCCAAGGAGGUCGAGGACAUUUUGAUCAACCCAAACUUGCCGCUGCCUGCGAAUCAGGAAGCGGUGUCGCUCGGCUUCGAGACGCCUGCCCAAAUCUUCAAGUUCAUCUCCUCGAGUGCACCGCUCUUCGUCACUGGCGCCUCGCUGGUGACACCCGUCAAGCUCCUCCAAGCAGUGAAUCUCCUCCCGAAAGACUUUGACGGAACGGCGCGCGCCCAACUCGUCGAGGCAGCCACCAAGUUCUGCGCGACUCCCGUUUCGCGCGAGAGCGACGGUUCUCUCUCGCUGCGCGUGGAGGCGAGCGCCCAGCGUCCUGACGCUCCUCCCGCGAAGCCUGUGAAGCUGACGACGCUGAACUACGAGACCUGCCACCGCCUAGCGAUGGCCGCCUCUGUGCUCCAACAGAUCGACUCGGGCGCGCGGAAACCGAACUCGGUUCGAUUCGAGACAAAAGUCACAGACGACGGCAGGGAGGUGGGUCCCUUUGGCUGGCAAGCCGGCACCAUUCUCCACCAUGUCGCGAACUCGAGGCAGUGGAGCACGGCUGCCUACGAGCUCGGCGUAGGCCAUACCUUCCACGACCGGAAGAUCGCUCUCGCGGACCGCAAAGUCGACGAAAGCCUCGAAGGUACGAACGCCGCCAGUGCGGAGGCUGUCGUGGCUGCCGAACCGUCUGUGUGAACGAACGAGAAACGGUCAAAGACGAAGAAGAAAGGCUGGAGAAAAGACCGUGAAAAGACGAGGCGGCAGGGUGACCUCCGCUUUCUUCGACGACGCGGGUCCGCCUGUGCUACGGCUUCUUGUCGAAAAGAAGAGGCGUGAGGAAGCCACUCACGACAGGAUGAACGCGGGCGUCCAGAUCGCCAUCUUCCCUGGGCGCGCGGCCUCUUCUGGGGUCGCCGGGUGAACGCGCGUCUGAAAUGCCGCGGAAAGGGGAGGCGACGAAGCAGGACGCAGCGAUCUUUUGUGCCGAGCAGAGGAAUCGAAGGGAGGACGGCGGCCGAGCUCCCGAGAGCGAGAAAGGAGUAGGGAAGAGAACGGAGCACAGGCUUGAGGAGAAGAAAGCAGAGAUGGAGAAGAACCGCGUUCGUCGAACUGAAAAAAGACGUCGAGUUUGAGGAACCGUGUAAAGAGAGGAGUAGCAAGCGUCGACUGUCAGAGGCGAGAAAAGAGAGACAAGACCAAGGAGGGUGUUUGGCUCUCUGGAGAGAGGAAAAGAGGAGCGAGUUGCAGAAAGGAGAAAACAGAUUAACAACAGCGACCACUGCGUUCUCUGCGCCUGCAGCACACGCGCAUCUCGAGGGAAUUUUUCAGUUUUUCUUUCCUUCGUCGCAAGAGUCUGCCGCAGAAAAACGCCCAGGGACAACCUCUAUGCCGCCUGUCAAAGAAUCGGCUUUCUUGUGAAGGCGAGACGAGAAGAGACGCUGGGCGUCUGCCACCCGUCAGACACCCGAAAUCCGUCUUCGUCUUAGCCGCGCCUGCCAUGUGAAUCUAAACGUGUUGCAAUGCACGCGUUUUAAUUGAACAAAUCGAUUUGCCUUGUGUUUUUCGCGGCUCGCGGACCUGCCAAAAAUCCUCAAUUUACAGUUUUUCGAGGAAGUCCGUCUCCGUUGCCGCUUCACCUGUGCAGUGUCGUUUUUCUGUCAUUCUUCCAGACAUUCAAGUCUAUACGAAUCACG